GGGAAGCUGCCCCCCGAGUACCCGCUGGAGCCUGGGGAGCGGCCACAGGCGCCCCCCCCCCGCCGCCGGACCCCCCCCCGGGGCUCCCUCCCUGAGGCGGCGCGCGCUGCCCGCCGGGAGGUGGCGCUGCAGCUGCAGGUGGUGGAGGCCGCGCGGCGCCUCGCGGCGGCCCCGGGGCUCGCGCCCGAGCAGCGCCGGCGGCGGCAGCGGCUCCAGGCGGAGGCGGCGCAACGGCUGCGGCAGCUCCGCGCGCAGCUCGGGCCCGCGCACGAUGAGAACGGGUCCCUCUGCGACCUGCCCGUGCUGGAGAACGGGGUCCUGCCCGCUCCAAAGCCCCCCCCGGUGGCCCCUGGUCGCCCCUCGCCCCCCCGGGCCGGCCCCGGCAGCCCCGACCGCCGGCCCCCCUGGGUCCCCGAUGGCCGCCGCAGCUCCCUCGCCAGCCCCGCCAGCCCAGCACGGACCCUGCCCCGCAGCGCAUCCAGCUUCGAGGGCCGCAGCGUCCCGGCCACCCCGGUGCUGGCGCGGAGCCCCUGCGCCCGCGGGCACCCGCUGUGCCGCCCGGAGGCCCCGGGGCUGCCCCCCCGGCCCUGGUCGGGCAGCCAGGACUCGCAGCUGGGGGGGCCCCCAGCGCCCGCCCCCCCGGCCCAGGCCCCCCGCACCCGCCGCAGCAACAGCUCCGAGGCCUUGAUCGACUGGGGGGGCGGGGGGGGCCCCCCUGAAAGCGCCGCCCCCCCGCAGCAACCUCCCCCCCCCACCGAAGCCGGGGGCCGGGGCCCCCCCUCGGCGGAGCAGCGCCGCAGCCAGAAGUGGUUGGCGCUGGAGGGGCUGCGGGACUGGUACCUGCGGCACACGGGGACCCCCCCGGCCGCGACCCCCCCCCGCCUGCUGCCACCCCCCCCCGGCCCCGCAUGGGCCCCCCCCCGCCGCAGAGACCCCCCCCCCGGCCUGCCCCACUCGCUCAGCUACGCCGGGGCCCUGGCGCCCAGGUACGGGGCCCCCCGCGGGUACCGGGCGCCUCUUUUCUAAGGGGGGGGGUGAUGUGAUGUGGGACCCCCCCACACAGAAGGGAGGGGGGAGUAGGGGCCUUGGGGACCCACCCGUCCAUUGGAGGGUGUCCAUUGCGUGCCCCCCCUUCGUCCAUUGGGGAUCUCCAAGUGACUUGAAUUGGGCCCCCAUUUGGGGGGGGCACUAAUAACUCCUGUUUGCCCCCCCCUUCGCUCCCCCCAGUCCUAUCCCGAAUGUCCCCAAAUUGGGGACCCCUCAAACCCUGUCAAACCCCCCCAUUGUGUCCGCUUUGGGCCCCCCCUCCAUGCUCCAUGGUGGAUCCCCAGACCCCCCCCCCCAAGUGCCUCAGUUUGGGGUCCCCCCCCUCAGCCCCCCCACAUGUGGGUGGUUCCUGCCUCAAUCCCCCCCUCUCUUCCAUUGUCCCUUCCUGGUGGGGUCUCUCCUGCCCCCACCUUUCUUUUCUAUGCUGAGUUCUGGGGGGGGGGGCCCUGUCCCUGGGUUGGGGGGGGGGGCGCGGGGGAGUCCGGGGCUGUUUUGGGGGGGCUAAUUCCUGUUUUUCUUCUUUCUCUUUUUUCUCUUUUCCCUUUAUUUUCUGUUCUUUAUUUCCUUUAUUUCCCGUUUUCUGUCCCUCCCUCCCCAGGGCCUCGGGGGACACUCCCCCUGUGCCCGCCCCCCCCCCACCCCCCCCGGACCCACAGCCCCCCGGCACCCUCGUGUGACCCCCACCCCCUGACCCGCUCCAUACCACCCCCCAUGUUUUGGGGGGGGAACCCCAACCCUGGGCCCUCCCCGGCCACUCCUGGUGAGCAGCCGCUUUGGGGGGGCCCCCAUCGCAUGCCCCCCCCCCUCGGGAGCGGGGGUCUGGCUGGGGUGGGGGGGGCAUAGACGGGUUCAAUACAAGGGACCUGCUGCCAUUCA